GAUUUCGCGCUGGACUUUGCGUACCCGCUGACGCUGCAGAAGGCCUUUGGGAUUGCUCUUGCAAGUACGGAUGCCAAACUGUGCUACGCGCUGUGAGAGCUGGAAUAAGCGCGCGGCUGUGGAGCCUUACCCUGCUGUCCGUGCAGCGUCUCGGUGUGGUUGGGUGCGGAGCUCGUGAGAAUCGAUUGAGAGAUGGGUGUAAAUCCAGGUCGCAGUUGGCGUAUUGGCGUGACUGGGUCAGCAUUUGCCAAAGCAGCUGCGAUGGAGAGUGGCAUGAAGGCCUGGCGCGCUGCGUUUUUUUUCCCAUUUGGUCAACCCGGUGACGCGCGAUGGCACACGAGGCAGCAGGUGGACUCCUGGGGGGCUGACCGACUAGGGGACUAGGGGUGGGGCAUCUUACGAUUGCUACAACUUGGAUGGGCACCGGUUGCUCGAAUUGGUUGGUUUGUUGAAGAGGAGAACCACGUUGUUGUAUUGCAGGGAUGGGCUGCUGCACAUGAUGCAGGGGGCCCUGUCUAGCUCACGAUGCAGGAGGCGACGUCACGUUAUUGUGCUAGGAUCGGGGGAAUCCCGGGGAGGGCUCAGCCCACGUAAGCAAUCUCGGGACGACUUAUUAUAUGCGCAUCCGCCACAAGAUUAUAAGAGUACAUGGAAUUGUUCUUCAAGUCGCUCAGUAGUAAGUGUAUCUAUUCGGCCUAUAUAUUGCUGUACGUUAUCAUGCGUUUGUAGGCUUGUGGCGGAGCCGCUGGAACUUGGUUUAUUAGCCUCGUUAGCAGGUGACCAGAACUUGGUUGCCCAUGACAUUUAUUUUUAGCCCUAUUCCACCCAAGGUUGCAUCUUUCCCUAUUGUGCAUCUAUGCAAGCCUGCCCUAUUUCAGGCCUUGGGGCAUCAUCUGCAAAUGAAAAAGGGGGUCCAACUCACCUUAAUACGCGAUGGGCGUUAAGGCGAGUUCUCUUCCCCACACGCGCUGGAUUGCUUGUUCUUCUGGCGACCAGCCGCAUCUUACAUGCCUGGGGGGCAUAGACUUGAGCGUGCGAGUGCAGCGCGGCGCAGGGCCCUCGUGCGUCCUGCGCCGCUGCCGCAGGUGGUUGCGGCAGGAGGGGGGUGGGUGUUGGGAAUGGUUCGCAAAUGAUGUCUGGGGGGAGGUAACGAAUAAACCAACCGUAGACGCGAUGACUUUACAGAGGUGUGAAUAAUGAUGCUGGCUGGCCCAUGCUGGCUGGCGCGGCUAGGACUCUUGAAUGACGCUGUGAGAGUGGUGUGCGCGCUUGGUUGGCAAGUUGCAGGAAGGGUGCGUGUGCAGACGUGGCGCGGCGCUAUAGCGUGGUUCUGUGCCCUGCAUCCUGUGAUUCGCCGUGGUACCUGCGUGCGUGCAGGUCUCGAUUGCCUAGAUGGCAAUAUUGCAGCGGGAAUCAGGUCCUUAUUAUGGUGCAAGAAGCCAUCAUUGCUUGCAUAUAAGUGCGGCUAUAGCUGGUAUGAGCUAUCAGGGCGACCUCGGCACGACUACGCCAGCCGCCAAGAACUCAGCAUAACACAAGGGCGAUGCACUACUCAAACCGAUUCGACGUCACCAUACAAGAACCCUGAAACCAUCUGCCGCUCAAAUCCAACGGCCCAUUACCGGUUAUUGUUACAAGCGCAAGCAAAGGAAAUAACCGGAGACGAAGUCCUCGCAGCGGAUCUUGAGCGCGCUGAGAAUGUAUAUAAAGAGCAGGUCACGAAAGCUGAGGCACUGGCGGAGGCGGUGCGGCAGAAGGCCGGAUCCUCCCAGAAGCAGCGGCAGCAGCAGCCAGGCCAGCGGUCCUACCGCUCUGGCAGCACCGGGCUCAGCGCGUCGCUGGUGGGCGACGACAGCACCUACCAACUCGGCGAGCAGGAGCUUGUGCGACUCCCGUGGCCACGGCGGCUGGCAGCGCGCUUGUGCGCGCACCCUGAUUUCGAGCUCGCUGUGGUGCUGCUCAUCCUGAUCAACACAGCGACACUGGCGCUGUACCGACCCACAGAGCCAGACAACUCACCCUGGAACCGUGCACUGUUCUGGGCGGAGGCGGCAUCCAACGCGAUGUUCACUGUGGAGAUGCUGCUGCGCGUGCUGGCCUUGGGCGGUCCUCGGCUGUACCUGCGCCAUCCCUGGAAUGUCUUCGAUGGCGCCAUGGUCGUGGUGGGCUACGUGGCCCUGCUGCCCACCGGCUCAGACUCCUCCUCGAGUGGUCUGCGGGCGCUGAGGGCGGUGCGAGCGCUGCGGCCGCUGCGCACAGUGACGCGGUUUGAGUCGCUCCGGGCAAUCGUGGCGUGUUUUUUGGAGGCCGUGCCGCUGCUGGGCUCCGCGGUGGGCCUGAUGCUGCUGUUCAUGCUAAUAUUCGCGGUAGCCGGCACCAUCUUAUUCACAGGAGUGUAUCACCGCAAGUGCUACUCCAAUGACAGCGGGUUGCCGGAGAGCAGCACAGAGGAUCCUGACAUGUUGGGAUGCGGCGGCUGGAGACACUGCCCAGCCAACUACACCUGCAGGGUAGGGCUGGGGUGGGAGAAGGUGGUCACCGCACAGAUUGACGCGCUUAACAUUGCCGGCUUCAGCAAUACGGGCUAUUCAAUGCUGAGUGUCUUUCAGGUCAUCACUCUGACUGGUUGGAGCUUCGCCAUGUACCGGACCAUCGACAGCACCCACCCCACAGCCGCUAUAUACUACGUUCUGCUGAUCAGCAUUGGGGCAUAUGUGCUGGUGAAUCUGUUUCUCGCGGUGCUCAAAAUCAAAUUUGCCAAGGCGCAGACUGCGUUCCGCGCGCGCAACACGGGCCGCGGCCGCAGCCGCCGCAAUAGCGUGGUAACCCUUUUGGAGAAGGCCAAAUCGAGAUUCAGCGAGCUCAGCGCCCGGCGCUCGGCGUCUCACAUCCUCAACUCCAGCAUCACCAAUCUGCUCACCGCCCGCUUAUCCCAGUUCAGUGACAACGGCACGAUGGCCACCGGCUCGCUGUCGGGCAUUCCUUCGAGCUACAACGAAUCAGCAACAAGGGCUGCAGCCACGACCGUCAAGGACGCCAGCAGUCGCGGUGACGGCGGCAGUAGCGCCGCCACUGCCACCGCUGCCGCAAUUGGUGGUGCUGCCAGCAGUAAUGGCGGGGCUCCAGGCCGCAAGCACCCGCAAGCCGACUUGCUGCCGCACAAGAUGAGGCAGGAUUAUCGGCCGUGCGAGCAGAAGCCAAAGACACGAUUGCAUCUCCACACAGGCAGUAGCAGCUGCGACGACAGCAGUAACCACGUCCGUGGCCGGCGCCGGAGGCGCACCACAAGCAAGUGUGGCGCUGGCAGUGGUAGCGGCGGUAGCAGCGGUGACCUGCCGCAGCUAGAUCCAGGACCCGGUUGCGACGAGUUUCUGGCCGCACUGAUGGAGAAACCUCGUCAGUUGGAGGCUUGCGAAGACGGUCGUGCGCGGCGCGCCUCUGCCCCAGUUUUGCCUGGCCCAGGGCUAACACCGGCCUCGGAUGCAUCGGCGUUUUGUAGAAUCCUAAGCAGCGGCCAGCAGCGGCCGGGCCCCCCCCUAAUGUCCCAAAGCGGAGAAGUGAUAGUGACGGAGGCCACGCCAGCAGCGGCGUCACUUGCGGCAGUGGGUGGUGGUUCAGCUUCCCUAGGAAUGAGUGGCGAAGGGCAUAUUCGCAGCGGCGGCGCCAGCGGUGUUGGCGUCGUCGCUGCUCUUGGUGAAACUGUCGCAGACGCAGCUGGGCCCUUGGAUGUGGGUACGGCAAUGACUGCGAAGGACAUACGGCUCAACGAGCAGGGACUUUCAUCGCCGUCGCCGCCGCUUCCACAGCAACAGCAGCAGCAGCAGCAGCAGCAGCAGCAGCAGCAGCAGCAGCAGCAAGAGCAACCGCCACGCACCGCAGCGGCGGACACCGCCCCAACAACGGCCACCGCCACUGCCACCGCCGGUGAUCCGGCUCUACGGCAGCAGGCUCAUAUCCGCAGAACACAGCAGCGGCAGGGAGGUCGUAUGCUCAACGUCAGCCGUAACGCUGUUGUACCAUUGCCGCCAUCGUCAACUCUGUCCCCAGCAGCCCCUGCGGCAGCCCUGGCGGCGCCCGCCGCCGAGUCAUCUUCCCCGCAGGUUGCCAUCUCCCCCUUCGCUGUGGCCGCUGAGCCGCAGUUGCCAGUACCGGCCUUACGUAACGCCGGGCUUGGCACGGGUUCUUUUUCGCGCGGGGUGAAGAUCAAGGCUCCGUCGCCAGCACCGUCUCAAGCACCCAAUGCGAACCCUACACACAGCGACUCCGGCGUCGCCAACCCAAACCUGCCCAGAGAUCCCCAGCAGCUCUACAUGGGGGACAACCUCGCCAUGGCCGCCCUCAUGUUUGAUCCGGUGGAGUUUGAUGAGGUGGUGGCGGGCGAGCCGCCGCUUCGCCGCCUGCAUCUCCGGGUCAUGUUCCGAGUGCGACUGCUUGUGGAGUCGUCCGCCUUCUCUUACACCAUGCUGGCUAUCGUCUUCGCGAACACUGCCGUGCUGGCCAUGGAGUACGACGGUAUGAGCGCACCGUACGCUAAAGCGCUGCUGGACUGCAAUUACGUCUUCACCGGGUUAUUCACUCUUGAGAUGGCUAUCAAGUUGUACGGCAUGGGGUUAUGGGAUUACAUCAAGGACGGCUUCAAUGUAUUCGAUGCGCUCAUCGUUGUCGCCUCCUGGCUGGAGAUCAUCCUCACCCUUGUGGGGACGUCGGGGAAUUUCAACGCCAUGGCGGCUCUUCGUGCCGUUCGCGCGCUCCGUCUUCUCAAGGCCUUUCGCUACCUGAGAUCCCUUCGCAAGAUCGCGUCCAAGCUGUUGGCGUCCUUCUCCUCCUUCGUUGCCGUCGCGGUGCUCAUUGCGCUCUUUUGGGUCGUGUUCGCGAUCGUGGGACUGCACGUGUUCGGCGGCUUGACUCUGGCUGAGGAGCCGUACUACCCCAAUUUCGACACCUUCAUGAACUCUCUUGUCACCACCUUCACGAUUUUGACUCUGGAGAACUACCAGGACAAUAUGUACGUCACCAUUCGGGCCACAAGCUAUGGCUCAGCUGUAUUCUUUGUGGCAUGGAUAGUGGUGGGCAAGUACGUCUUGCUGACCCUCUUCUUGGCGGUUACUCUGGAGGCCUUCGAGGCCAAGUACGACGAGCAGAGCACCAACAGCAGCAUAAUCAGCAAGAAGGUAGGCCGGAUUAUUGACGGCUACCCUUGUGAACCUGCCGCCGAUGUCACCGGUUUAAGAGCUGCAGCGGAUACCUCACUAGCCGAUGGGCCGAGCUGCGCUGCUACCGGCGGAGAAGGGCCGUGGCGCGGCAAUGGCCACAGGGGGGCGGCUCCAGACGUUGCGAGGACGGCUGUUCCGGGAGGUGCGGCUGCAGCGGGGGCAGCGGCGGCAGCGGCGGCAGCGGGGGCAGCGGGGGCGGCCGCUGAACACGACACGGGCGGCGGUACAGCGGACCUGCAGCCCGUCCAGAGGGGCCCCGGCGAGACCGUCACCGAUCAGAAUUCAACAACAGAGCCGUCGCAGUACGAUAACACCGGCAGUGCUGCGCGCGAUGUCAACGGUGGCGGCCGCAACAGCGCUGCCGCCGCCGCCAUCGGGGGCCCGGUCGUUCAGCCGAUGCCGCAGGCUCCACCCCGAUCCGGCCCAGUUGCUGAGAAGACAGAGCAUCAUCACCAUUAUCGGUCGCUUGAGCGCAGAGGUGACGGUGACGGCGAGGCCACAGCGGCGGGACCUGCCGAUACCAGCUGGGCUUCCGCCGAUGAAGCUGCCGCCGGGAGGUUCACAGGCAUGGUCGCCACGCCGGCAGCUGGGGCGAGCCUAUUUGCGGCACGCGUAUCCGCUGCCUCCGACGUCUGCGGCAGGAGCAGCGUCAGCGGCGCCGGCUACGCCAACGUCGGCCUGGUUGACGUACAGAUGGCCCCGGCCCCCAACCACUCGCAUGCGGGGGAAGCGGGGCUUGUUCAAAAGGAUCUGGCACGCAGCAUCAGCGCCCAACCCCCAUCCUGGGAUCGGGCGGCGGUGCAUACCAAUGCAUCUGUUGCUGCUACCGACGCGUCGGGUCCUCUCGACCCUGCCGCGGGUGGUCACGCGGGCAGGUGCAGCAUGCCGCCGGGAGCAACACUGCCCCCACCGCUGCCGCCAACACCACCACCAGCAAACCUGCCGCCGCCACCAUCGCCGCCGCAGCCGCUGCUGCCGCGACAGCCGCAGCGCGCUUCCCAGCCUGGGGUCGUGCAGCAAGCCCUCAACACGCACACCGCAGCCCCAUCGUGCAGUUCCUGCACGUGCACCUCCCUGGCCUCGUCCCCCAUCAGCUCGGUGUCUACCUCAGCUGACGCAUUUGGGGCCCGAGGCAGUAGCUGCGGAAUCGCCAACAUGCGCCGCAGCGGCAGCAGCGGCCGUAGCGGCAGCAGCGGCCAUAGCGGCAGCAAUGAUGCGCGGGGCCCGGAAGUCGAUGGGGGUGGGAGCAGCUCUCACACAGGAACUAGUCCGCCUGAGCUCAAACCGACGCCAACAGAAAGUACGGAAGGCGAUGGUACGACAGCCGUCUCGGGCAACCGCGGCCGAAUUGUUUCCACUGCACGUCCUGAAUCGUCCUCGACCACGGCAGCGGCACUACCCACUGCGGUGGUCCCGGCGGCGGCGGAUGCGAUGGCCGGUAACGCUAGCUGCAGCGGCAACGAAGCGUCCAGGGCCUUACGUCAUUUCGAAGCGGGCGAUGAAGAGCUCAUCUUAAAUGCGUUGCUGGCGUCCGCUGACGAAGACGCGCUUCCACAACUGCCGCCACUGCCGGCCCCGCCACGGCCUUCAUGCAGUCAGCAAGUACUGCAGCUGCCGCUGGGUCGUACAGGCGAUGAUUGCAGCGGCGGCAUUCACGCCGCCGCUGCCGUCAGCUGUGGUCUUCAUCCCAGCUGCCAGCACCACUGCGUGCUGACACCACACCAGGAGCGUCAGGCCGGCGAAGCCGCGUGUGGUAAAAACGGUACGGCACACGCAUCCCUGUCGUACGACCGGAGUGACACAGCGGCCGAAUUGAGAUUGGCGCUCGCGCUUGUGGAGAAUGGCGACGAGUCUGCCGCGCUCACCUGGGGUGCCGCCGGUUCCGGCGGCAGCGGCGGUAACGGCAGAUCUUCAUCGUGGCGGACGGCGCAAACGAGGCAGCCGAUGGGCAUCCACGGUGUCGCAAGGAUUUCUGAGGCCAUGCCGGCUAAGGCCUCUCAGUUAGCUGCGACACACGACGGCGGCCGCCGACGGGACGGUGGCAAGCCGCCGUCCGCCGCCAUCAACCCCGGCGGGUCCCCGUACCCCACUAACGGCGUCCAACGCCGCUAUCGUACACGCACCCAAGUGUGCAUCGAUUUGCCUCCGCAAGCCGACGACGACAGCGGGCGGCAGCCUGGCGGCGGCGCCGGCGGCGGCUCGCCGACGGCAUUUCCGCAGGGUCGGCUUUCCAGCGGACUGCUGUCGUCGUACUGGUCUACGGACAGCAGCCUGAUGCUCCCCAAUGACAACUUAGCGUCGGCGGGAGUCUGGUCCAUGUCGUCAGACGCGUUGCGAACAGAGCAAUCCACCGUGAACGGGAUAGCGGUUCCCGGAGGGGGCCGUAUGCGCGGCAGCGGCAAUCUGGAUUCUGCACAAUCGCUUACGGCGCAGGCAACAGCCAGCUGCGGCAUGAUGACGUUGGAGGGGCCCUCCCUGGACCCCCACUCGGCGCUGGCGAGAGCGCUGUUCUGGGGUGAUGCGGCCUGCACGGCCAUCUUCACCCUGGAGCUCAUAGCCAAGGUGUUCGCCUGGAACUUUGUGGGCUACAUCCGGCACAUCACUAACCAGGUGGACUUCGUUGUGGUAGUCACAGGGUUGUUGGAUCUUGCGCUCAGCCACGUGAGCCCCCAGGCGAUCUCCGCGCUGCGGGUCCUCCGGGCCCUCAAGCCCCUGCGGCUGCUGACUGGCUCACCCGGCAUGCGGCUGGUGUUCAAGAGUGUGGUGCUGAGCCUGGGCGCCAUGGCGCAUGUGUCCGUGCUGUGCCUGAUGUUCCUCGUCGUGUUCGCCAUCUUAGGGGUGCAGCUCUUCAGCGGCAAGCUGUACAGUUGCAACGACCAGUCGGUGUCGGGUCGCUCCCAAUGCGUGGGGUCCUUCCUGGAUCCACGCACAAACACCACCCUGGAGCGAUCCUGGGACAACGUAUGGCCCAACUUCGACAACGUGGGCAAUGCUCUGUUGGCGUGCUUCGUGGUGGCCUCCUGUAACGGCUACAUGGACCUGAUGACCGCCUCAAUGAGCGCCCCCUCGGUGAAGGACCGCCAACCGCACCUGAACUCCAACCCGGCCGCAUUCUUCUGGUACGUUGGCUUCACGGUUGUGGUGUCCUUCACCCUUCUGAACCUGUACGUGGGAGUCAUCUUUUCCCAGUUCUCCCGCAUCCGCAACAUGAGCACCACGGGGUCCGCCUUCCUCACGAGCCAGCAGCUCGAGUGGGUGGAGAUGUCCAAGAUGGUGUUCAGGUUGAGGCCGCCGGACAAGAGCGCGCUACCCAGGGGGCCGCUGCGGCGGCCUGUGAGGCGCCUGGCGCAGUCCAAGGCGUUCGAAUGGGUGACCUUGAUCGUCAUUAUGGCCAACGUGGCGGUGCUGGCGGCGACAUGGUACGGCCAGCCGGCCAUCAUGGAUGACGUACAGGAAAACUUCAACAUUGCCUUCACGACCCUCUACACGAUAGAGGCCUGCCUCAAGUUGUACGGCCUGGGUUUCCGCCUGUACUUCGGGGACCCCUGGAACAAGUUUGACUUUGUGGUUGUGGUUUCGGGGCUGAUCGAGGUGGCGCUGAGGUUCCUGCAUACGGGGUACACGCGCGUGCUGCGUGUCUUCCGGUUGCAGAGGCUGUUGCGAGUGGCACGACUGCUGCGGCAGAGCAAGGGUAUUCGGACUCUGUUCCAGGCGCUGGUCAUGUCGCUGCCAGCUUUCGGCAACGUGGGCGCCCUCAUCGGGCUGCUCUUCUUCAUGUACGCCUACGUGGGUGUGCUGCUGUUCGGCAGGGUGAGACAGGAUGACCACACCUCAACCAUCAACUCCUCAGCCAACUUCGGCAACUUCGCCCAGGCGCUUUCGGCCCUCCUCCGAGUGGCAACGGGGGACAACUGGACUGACCUCAUGUACGGCUGCAUGGUGAAGCCGCCUCGCUGCUCCCGGGACGCCGGUGACUGCGGCAGCUGGUUGGCGCUGCCUUAUUUUCUGUCGUUUUUCUUGUUGAUCUCCAUCAUCUUGCUCAACCUGUUCACUGCGGUCAUCAUUGAAAACUUCGAAAAGGCGCAUGAGCAGGACGAGUGGAGGCUCACACCCCAGAACCUGGAGGACUUUGUGAUGCUUUGGAGUGAGUUCGACGACGGCUCCGGAACCAUCACUCCAGCCGCCCUGGAGCAGCUGCUGCUGCGACUGGACCCUCCCCUAGGUUUAGGGCCUUAUGCCGACAACAAGGAGGUCCUCAAGUUCGUGUACGACCUGGACAUACCGCUGGUGAAUAGCCGCGUGCCCUUCCACAAGACCGCUUUUGAGCUUGUCAAGCGAAUUAGUCAGACGGAUAUACCCGAGGGGCAGUUAAAGGCCCAGAUGGAGGGCCGUGUGGAGGCGUUUUUCCGUGACCUGAACAGCUCAUGCAAACAGGAUGGCCAAAUGCACUUCACAGUCGCCUUCAGCGUCAUGCUAAUACAGCGCCGCUGGCGCUCCCGCUUCCGCGCCAACCGACUGCGGCAAAAGCGCGCCUGGCGGGCGUCCCGUUGCGAGGCGCCCGCGUACCGCUCCCUGAUGGAUGGCUCGGGACCGCAACGUGUGGUGGAGGCGCUCAUGCGGGAGGGAGCCCGCGCUGUGGCGGCGGAGGCGGCGGCGGUGAAGCCGGCGGCGCCGCCGCCGCUGGAUGCAACGGCGACAGCGGUAUCAGGGCCUGGGGAUGUACACGUGGCCGAUACGCCGACUCUAGGGGACGCCCUCAGCCUCGGCCCCGCCGCCAGUCUUCGCUGGACCCUCAAUCCCAAUCUGGUGCCCGCAAGCCUGAGGCUGGCUGUCGGGAACGCCGCCGACGCCGCGCGGCGCCGGCAGCAGGAGCAGCAGCAGCAGCAACAGCCGACGGCCCUCUUACAAUGGGCCCCUCUGCGCAGCUUGGCGCGGCUGGCCACGAGGAUCAGCACCAACUCAAGCGGGGAGCUGCAGCCGACGUCACCUCCGAUGCGUCGCGCACUGACGGCAGCGGACGAUGCCCUGGCGGCGCCGCGGCCGCACUACAGCUCAGCAAAUGGUCGUUUAUUCAAUUCCAUGCGACGCAUUCGCGCAUUCCAGGACAAUAACAUGCCGCCGAGGCUCCCCAUGCGGCCCAGAUCUUGGACGGGAGCGCCCGAAGGCGGCUGCACCGUGAACAGCGCCAUGGGUGGCGCCGGCGAUCUCAAUGGCUGCAGCCUCAGGACGAUAUCUACCGUGGAAGCCGUACCAAUGGACGAGCGGGAGCUGCGGCCCAGGUUCCUGAAACCCGAGUCUCCCGCCGGCGCUAGCGCGAGCCGCGGCAGCGGAGGUGGCGGAGGCAGCGGCCUGGGCGGUAUCGCCAGCGGCCUGGCGGCCUCCAUGCGCCGGUACUUCAGCUUCCGCAAAGGCCCCGCGACGGCAAUUGAGGAGCCCUCAAGUACGACAAGGGGCGGCGGCGGAGGCAGCUUCGGCAGGCGGAGUCCCUCCCGUAUCAGCCCAAGUUGGCGGCGGCGGGGACGGAGGCAGGGCGCGCCCAUGGCGUCAGUACUGCGACCGUCUUUGGACGUUGGCAAUAGUACGGCCAUGAUGGCGGCGCCGACAUCUACAGCGGUAUCUCAGCGGAAGCUCCGCGCCAUGUUGGAUUUCGCGAUGGCGGCUGGGGAGCUGGCGGCUGGCGGCGACGAGUCCUUUCCCUCCAGCCGUUCCGUAUCCCGGCGGCGUUGGGCUCCAGGGACGGUCGGUGGCGACAGCACACGGUCAAUCUGUACGACACCGGAUGGCAAUGGCAACGUGCGCAAAGUUAAGGAUCAGUUCGUACGGAUCCGCUAG